UAAGCCAUAAAACUGCCGCCACUGUCUCUGACGCGUUUUCCGAAUGCAACACCCGCGUCGUCGUAGUUAUACCACACGCGCUAGCAUUGCAUAUCGCAUCACACAUCGUAUCACAUCGUCGUCGAUAUAUCGCAUAUCRCGCGUGCGAGUAUCAUUUAUCGAGUACCUAAUAUAGUCGUCGGUCCGUUGUAUCAACACGUAUCAUUUGUGACUGUGUGUGUUAGAAUACAAAGAAAAAAUAUAAAAUUAUAUUGUGUUCGUUCGAAAAUUUCGUAAAUCUAACAAGUUAUCUUCAUUACUAUUUUACAUAUUCCUGUCGAUUGGAUUGAAAGAUUUCUGUGCGAUCACCGUCACGUCUAUGACGACUUCGGCCAACCGUCGGCUGUGUCCUCCCAGAGGGACGUCUGCCGUCGGUAGUUCAUUUAACUAUUGGUCGUAUGCCAACACCACGCGAUCGAAAACUGAGAGCGUAUAGCAAUUUUUUGUAUUYCGUCGUCGUCGUGGUUUUAAAUAAAAUUGCCACUAGUAUUUUACGAACGUGGAAAUCAAAAAUCGAUCACAAUUUUGUCGUCGUUACCUUUUAGGCCAGGAUUGAGGCCGAACAUGCUCAACAACAUCAGUAUAAUUGGCCCGAAUAAUGUCGGCGGCCAUAAGGACUUCGAUGGUCUCAAACACCGAUCGCUACAUCAGUUGCAGACCGGUGGCGGUGGGGGUGGUGUACAUGACGUCGGGGGUAGUCACGGACUCGGCGGCACGGGUAACAGUCACCUACAGCAGGGCAACGGCCCGUCACCGCCAAAUCAGCUGUCCACCGGUGCCGGAGGUGGCGGCGGCGGACCGUUCCGAUUGUCGUGCAGUGGUUUCGACUUGUCAACUGUGGCCGGCCAUGGGCUGGCCGCUGCCGCCGCUGUGGCCGCCGCCGGUGGUGGUGGCGUUGGACUCAACGGCGACGAUGCCGGAAAGCCGAACAAGCAGAAAAGACAUCGGACCCGGUUCACACCAGCGCAACUCAACGAGCUGGAGCGGUGCUUCAGCAAGACCCACUAUCCAGACAUUUUUAUGCGAGAGGAGAUCGCCAUGCGGAUUGGUCUCACAGAGUCCCGAGUGCAG